AUGUUCCCAUGUUGUGCGUUUGCCACCGCCUGUUUGCCGCCUUCCGGCCUCACCCACGUGCCCGUGUCACCUGCUGGCCAAAGGCUUUGCGGUGACAUGGCUGGCGCUGCUGGGGGCCUAGUGACCGGCGUGGCGGUGGACUGCCCCAUCCCUGGAGUGCCCGUCCCCGGCAUCCCCGUCAUCAACGUCCCGUUGUCCGUGGCCGUGAAGCAAUGUCCGCCGCCUCGUCCGCGCUACUGUCCUCGGCCAGGCAGCCAGCCGUACCUCCAUCGUGGGGGACGGCAGCUCCGGGGUCGGGGUCGCGGCCGCAACUUGUCCCCAUCGACACAGCAAGCGUGCCUUGCCAGUUCUUUCCAUCUGGCCAAGCUACAAUCCGUCCAUUGGACCCGUGGGGAUUUAGAGCUACCGUGUGGUGGUGGUGCUCUCUUGAUGAUUCAGAUGACAAAUAAAGCGGUCACAGAACAAGCUCCUCGGGGUCCUCCUUCCCCGACCGGCAGACGUACCCGCCGCUCCGGCCUCGUGCCCAGCUGA